AAGAAAAAGUGAAAUAAGGAGUUACCUCAUUUUUUUUUCAAGAAACAUCACACGAACCAUUUUAAUGUUAAGUAGACUAGUUUCUGACAGAGAUAGCUCGCCAAGGGAAAGAUACACUCAGUGUGGCUGACACAAAAUAGGGAUGUAUAAAUAACAAACACCAAAUGAGUCGAGGGCAAAUUUCAAAGUAGUGAGCACACGUGAGCUAAGUUGUUAAAUGUCAAAUGGACUUGUGUGACAAAACGGACUAAUUCAAGUUAAUUUGUCUUUGAUCCUGAGAACUCUUCAAGGAAGCUUAAUGGAGUCUGAGAGGGACGGACAAGCGGGAGUCCCUCCUAGCUGUUUGGAAGCUGAUCACAGACAGGUCAGGUAUUGACCAGAAGUUGGCCAGGUGCUGGAUGAGAACUAGGUAACACUUCAUCAGCUAUCUACGCUGAACCGCUAGAGCUGCUAUUAUGGAUGGCACAGGCCCGGGAGGGGGUGAGCAUGGUUCCUUCCGCUCGGCUCCCCGGGCCCUUCAGGAGUCCAGGCCAGCUGUCAAGGCUUGGACUGACGUCAAGGCCGCGUGGUGUCAUCAGCGCUGCCGUGAGCCCGCCAGGAGGGGCCUGUCGCUCGGCUGCGAACGCAGAGGGCCUCACGAACUCACAAGUCGGGCGUCCCCGGGGUCCUUGUCCCCCCAGGUUCCCCGCGGACCGCUGGGCAGCGCCGCCCAGGUUCUGGCACAGGAGGCAAACGAACAGCCUCGCCCCGGCCCCCGCCCUGCGAGGUCCCGCCGCGGGCACGCGCACGCACGCCGCUGCGCACGCGCAUUCCCCUAGAAACCCGGAAGUGCGAGGCGAGGAGCCACGUGGGUGGAGCUGGAGCGCUGGUCGCAUGGGGGAAUCUAUCCCGCUGGCCGCCCCGGUCCCCGUGGAACAGGCGGUCCUGGAGACGUUCUUCUCUCAUCUGGGCAUCUUCUCUUACGACAAGGCCAAGGACAAUGUGGAGAAGGAACGGGAGGCCAACAAGAGCGCGGGGGGCAGCUGGCUGUCGCUGCUGGCGGCCUUGGCGCACCUGGCCGCGGCCGAGAAGGUCUAUCACAGCCUCACCUACCUGGGGCAGAAACUAGGAGGACAGUCUUUCUUCAGCAGGAAGGAUUCCAUCCGUACCAUCUACACUUCCCUGCAUAAUGAACUGAAGAAAGUGGUCACUGGCCGAGGUGCCCUGGGUGGGACCGCCCCUCACGUGGAAGAACUCCUUUCUCACCUGUCAGAGCAGCUCUGCUUCUUUGUUCAGGCUCGGAUGGAGAUUGCAGACUUUUAUGAGAAAAUGUACAUGCUCAGCACACAGAAGUUCAUCAAUGCUGAAGAGCCGGUUGGCCUUCUGGACACCAUCCUCAAGAAGUACAGCUCCAGAUUUCACCACCCAAUCCUCAGUCCUCUGGAAAGCAGCUUCCAGCUGGAAGUGGACGUCCUGAGUCAUCUCCUGAAGGCCCAGGCCCAGAUCUCAGAGUGGAAGUUCCUCCCUUCCUUGGUUAACUUGCACAGUGCUCACACCAAGUUGCAGACCUGGGGCCAGAUCUUUGAAAAGCAACGGGAGACCAAGAAACAUCUGUUUGGAGGGCAGUCUCAGAAGGCUGUUCAGCCCCCACACCUUUUCCUUUGGCUGAUGAAACUCAAAAACAUGCUCUUGGCCAAGUUUAGCUUUUACUUUCACGAGGCACUGAGCCGACAAACGACUGCUUCAGAAAUGAAAGCGUUGACUGCCAAAGCUAACCCAGACCUUUUUGGAAAGAUUUCCAGUUUCAUCAGGAAAUAUGAUGCUGCCAAUGUGUCCUUAAUUUUUGACAACCGAGGCUCAGAGACCUUUCAGGGUCAUGGCUACCAUCACCCCCAUUCCUAUCGAGAGGCGCCUAAGGGUGUGGACCAGUAUCCAGCAGUGGUGUCUCUGCCCAGUGACAGGCCUGUCAUGCACUGGCCCAACGUCAUCAUGAUCAUGACAGACCGCACAUCCGACCUGAACAGCUUGGAGAAAGUGGUUCACUUCUAUGAUGACAAAGUCCAGAGUACCUACUUCCUGACCCGCCCAGAGCCCCACUUCACCAUUGUUGUCAUUUUUGAGUCAAAGAAAUCCGAGAGAGACUCCCACUUUAUUUCCUUCCUCAAUGAGCUCUCGCUUGCCCUUAAGAAUCCCAAAGUGUUUGCAAGUCUGAAACCUGGAUCCAAAGUGUAUGGGAUUGAACACAGGCUUGUCCUUGCUGGUAACCUCACUACUGAGCUAAAUUUUCAGCCCCAAAUUUCAACAAAAAGAACCAGAUACAAAAACUGCAUGAAACCAUAUACAGACAGUCAAAAUGAUGGGCAAAACCAAACUCUGGUAUGAUUGCUCAGGAUUCUGGUUAGCUGUGGAGAUGCAGGGGUUCAGUUCAAGCAAGAACUGAGUUUCUUCUGUCUUCUUCCACUGAGUCUUAAACCUGGACCCAGGGAAAUGACUUCUAUGGAAGGGGCCACCAUUCAACCCAUUUAAGUCGUGGCUGAAGAUCCCAUUGGAGCCUC